AUGUUGGCCUCAUUUCUCAUUCGCUGGUCAACGGAAACCGCGUUCAUCGGCCCCUGGGUGUGCAGAGCCCGCGGCUGGGGCCCGGGUCGGCACCACAGAAGCAUCCUGAGCGGUCCCAGUGGUGAUAGUGGGGAGGUCGGCGCGGCGGUCGAUGAUGGCGCCGACCGGCAGACGAGGGUGGACCACGUGGAAGGCUUGAGAGUAGAGGGGGAAACGUUGUCAGGUCCUGGAGGUUUCCGGUGUGUUCGAGAAAAUGUGUUCGAGAAAAUGAUACAUCUUCAGUGUCAGACUCAAAGCCUCUUGCUUCACACCAUCGGCCUUUCUUAUCGUCAUUGCCGCAUGAGAAUCAUCUUCCGUUGUGAUGGAAACGGUGGAACGAAGGGCAAACCAGGAAACGGUGGAACGAAGGGCAAACCAGGAAACGGUGGAACGAAGGGCAAAUCAGGAAAGGGUGGAACGAAGGUCAAACCAGAUAUAAAAUGCCCUUCGGACAUGGACGACGCGAAAUGUUCAAAAACCCCGCAGGAGAUGAAAAAAGACGAGAAGCUCUACUGCUUUAUCAGUGAGUUUGCGUCUGACGUCAAUAAUGAUUGUCGACAAUAUAAGCUGAAUGAUUCCAAUGACCAGCUGUUGUUGAAUAUGUCGGGGGAAAUCGACCAGAUCAUGGGGGACAUGGGAAUGUGGGAGAACAUGGAGAAGGAUCUGCGCAGGAAUUCCAGCUACCUUCUGAUGGGUGCUCUGGAGAAUGCCAUGUAUAUGACUGCUGUGAAUCUGGACAAGGAACGAUAUAACUUAACCAUGGAAAACUUUGAAAUUGAAAUGCAAGUUCUCAAGGACAAGGAAAUUAAUGUCAAUGGAACGGUGACACUGUUGGCCAAUGAGAAUCAGAUGGAAUUCCACUGGGAAACACAGAAGUCGGAAGACCCCUCUGAGUUUGCGGCAAUCUCCUUCCUCGCUUGCAAGACGCUGGGCUCGCUCCUGGAGGUGAACGAGCUGGAGAUGGCGAACAAGAAGUUCGGGAAGGAGUCCUUGCAGAUGAAUUCCAACUUGUUGAUGGCCGUCAUGACCACCACCAGCCAGGAGCUUCAGAACAUCACCUUCACCAUCAAAAACAAUGAGGAGGAUGCGGACGACUACACCGUGUGCGUUUACCUGCGCGAGGCUGACGACAGGAUAUUCUGGUCGACCCAGGGCUGCAGCAAGUUGCAGUCUACUCGCUCCCACACCACCUGCCGCUGCAGCCACCUCAGCAAGUUUGCCGUGCUGGUCGCCCUGUACAAGGUGGAGGGUCCUGCUCUCUCCGUCAUCACCUAUGUGGGGGUGAUCAUCUCGCUGGUUGCGCUGCUGGCCGCCAUCAUUACCUUCACCGCGUGCCGCUCCAUCCACAGUGCCCGCACCAGGAUCCACACCCACCUCUGCCUCUGCCUCUUCCUGGCCCAGCUGCUCUUCCUCGUCGGCAUCUCCCGGACGGAAAACAAGGCAGUGUGCGGAACCAUUGCUGGGAUCCUCCAUUACCUGUUCCUGGCGUGCUUCAUGUGGAUGCUGCUGGAAGGUGUCCAGCUCUACCUGAUGGUGGUGAAGGUCUUCCACGCCCAGAGUCUCCGGGGGAAGAUCACCUUCCCCGUUGCCUACGGCAUCCCGGCCCUGCUCGUCGUGGUGUCGGCGGCUUCCUAUCCCCAGGGUUACGGCACCAGAGAAUACUGCUGGCUAACAUUGGAUAAGGGGUUCCGCUGGAGUUUCGUGGGUCCAAUGUGCGUCAUCUGUGUGGCAAACCUUGUCUUCCUCACCGUGACGAUAUGGAAACUGAUUGAGAAAUUCAAAUCCAUCAGCCCCGAUUUACCCUACUUAGAGAAAAUCAGAGUGUUCAUUGUAACCGCGAUCGCUCAGCUGGCGAUACUGGGCUGUGCCUGGAUUAUCGGGGUGUUCCACUUUAACCGCAGGACCAUUGCGCUGGCCUACAUAUUCACCGUCCUCAACAGCUUCCAGGGAACCUUCAUCUUCAUCCUGCACUGCGUCAACAACAAGCAGGUGAGGAGUGAGUACCGCCAGUGGAUGGCCAGCUUGUGCCAAACCCUGAAGAUAUCCAAGUACUCCACCUUCACGGAGUCCACCCAGCCUACCUCUACCUCCCACGUGGCCAGCUCUGCAACCUCUGUGUGACCUGGUCUCACUGCGCUUGUCUCUGUACUUGUGUGUGUGAGUGGGGCAUUGAUGAAAUCUACCCUCUCACGCUCCUUACAAUGGACUCCCUGCAUGAAUCCUUCUCUCCGGAGAUGCUGCCUGUCCCGCUGAGUUACUCCAGCAUUUUGUGUCUAUCUUCGGUGUAAACCAGCAUUUGCAGUUCCUUCUUCCCACAUUUCCCUGCUUUAUGCUGCAGUAGGUUUUCGUAUAAAAUAAUUAGAUCAAAGCUCAUUUGUAACAACAUCAGCUGGGCCCGCACCUUGUAGAUUAUAGAGUUGUAGACUCAUGCUGUGUGGAAACAGGCCCUUCGGCCCAACUUGGCCACAUUGACCAUUAUAUGUCCCAUCUACAAAGUUCGAGGUUCAAGGUUCAUAUUUAUUGAUCACAUGCACCAAUUAAGUGACAGUAAACUGAAUGACCCUGCAGCCAUACAUUUAAAAAGAACACAACACACAAUAGAAUUUAACACAAACAUCCACCCCAGCAUUCUUCAC